AUGUCUUCCGAAUAUUGCAUAAACUUUUCGGAUGUCAAAGCCGCGUACAAGAACACAUCGGACACGGCACACCGCACCCCGGUUUUGACGUCGUCCUCAAUUGACAGAAUGAUUGGUCGCAGGUGCUUUUUCAAAGUGGAAGCGAUGCAAAGAACCGGCUCAUUUAAAUUUAGGGGAGCCUUGAAUGCGAUUCGCAGUGCAAUCGCUGAUCAAGCGGAGAAGCCGGCGAUGUUUCAGGUUGUCACCCAUUCGUCAGGAAACCAUGCGCAAGCAUUGGCACUAGCUGCCAAGCUGGCCUCCAGCGAAAACUGCACAGUAACCGCGACAAUAGCCAUGCCUAAGAAUGCCCCUAUGGUGAAGAAGCGUGCCGUCACAGAUUUUGGUGGAAUCAUCGUUGAAACCGAGAAUAACAAUGAAGCCCGCGAUGCCGUUGCGGCAAGGAUCCAAACGGAAACUGGUGCCACUUUCGUUCAUCCGAGUGAGAAUCCGAAAGUCAUUGCGGGACAGGGAACAAUUAGUAUUGAGCUCGUGGAGCAGAUGAAAGAAAUCCAGGAACAUUUGCAAGUAAUCAUUAUUCCUGUGGGAGGUGGCGGCUUAGCAUCAGGGAACUGCAUUGCACUUCGCGCUUUACUGGGCGAUGAUAUCAAAAUCGUUUUGGCAGAACCAGCAGCUCUAGACGACGCAAAACGCUCAUUUGAGGCCAGGCAUCUUCUUAGUCAUUCUCCCGACAAUAAAUUGCAAAGUGUCGCUGAUGGCUUGAAAACAACUUUGGGUCCGAACACUUGGCCAAUUGUUCGAGAUCUUGUCGAUGACAUAUUCACUGUCUCGGAAAAAGAAAUUUUAUACGCGACAAAGCUUAUUUGGGAACGCCUCAAGAUAUGCAUUGAACCAAGCGCUGGCGUUGGGGUGGCAGUGGCUAUGUCGAAUUCAUUUCAAAUGAAGUAUACUGCCGAGGCUGGCUUUUCUAACGUUGGUAUUAUUCUUUGUGGAGGCAAUGUGGACAUUCUAGAAGUUACUUCUAAAAUGGAGCUCGUCGGACUCUAA